UAACACCAGUUAUUUUGUUUACACUAAACUUAGCGGAAGCACAGUUUCAAUGGAGUCCGUGAAGAAGUACAGCGUAACCGCCAAAGAGAAGAUCGGCAACUUGGCAGCAGAGACGGAGGAAAAGUUGGAGAAGAUGAAAGCUUGUGCAACUGAGAAGGUAGAAAAGAUGAAGGCCCGUGAUAAGGAAGACAAAAAACUAGCAGAGGAGCGUAAGCAGGCGAAGGAAGAGUUAGCAGAAGUAAAGGCAGAGCAUAAGAAGAUGGAGAAUAAGCUGAAAGCUGCUUCAAAGAAACAUGAAAUCGGGAAGCAAUCUCAGUCUCGUCCACCUGAGGAAAAGGCUGAUGACUUGUCAGAGCACUUUGGCAUGCGUGACAAAGAGGAGGAGCUGCGUUAUAGCAUGGAAAAAACAAAGACGGAAGUGAAUCCAGGCCCCACUGGCCUUCGUUGGUGAACAGGACGAUGUGUUUAUUGUAUUUACAGGAGCCUGUUUUCUGAUAUAAACAGUGCUCUGUACUUUUAUGUGUGUGACUAUUUCUGCUGGUUAGUUCGAUGUGCAAGACUGUUCGACAUUUGAUAUUACAUAAAGACUAACUAAGUCGAAGUGUAAGGCCGAAUCGACUUGAAUGUGGAAAGUGUAUUUUAACCA